AUGGAAUCGUUCUUCGAAGUGGUAUGAUUUAUUACAUAUAGUUUACAUUCAAUUAUAUAAUUUCUUAUGAAAUUUAUUCCUGGCAGUAGAAAUAUUCGGCAUCGCUUGCUUCAUAACAAUUCCAAUACAUAAAUUUGUGAAUAUUUCCCCCCAACAUAUUAUAAAAUGGCUUUGUUACUUUCGUUGUUCGGUGAUCUAGGGCAAUCGAGUUUGGAUUUUAGAUAACAAAGAAUGGCUGCCUACUGUGGUAGAGACUGUUCAAGACGGCAAAGUGUCAUUUCGAACCGAAUAUGGCAAGGGGUGUAUAGUUUAUUAAGUGUCAUAGUUUGUAGCAUACAAGUGUUAUAUUUCGAUAGUAAAGUGUGCGAUGUUAUAGUAAUAAAGCGGGGACCUAUAUGCAUUAUAUAUUUGCGACAUAUCGUGCUAUAUAAUUGCCUUGGCCGCCCCUAUAAUUUCUUGCGUGUUGAAACAAAAGAAAUAAAGUGAUAUCUGUCUGAUCGUGUCGGAAGAGCCCUCAACAGGUGGAGAUCUUUUGUGUUUACGUUUUGAAAUUAUAUUUGCACGUUUUGUUUUCAUAAUGAGCACGUUGAAUGUAUGCAUUUCACUUCCGCGCAUUGUAGCAAGUUAAUUUCAAACGUUCCGAUUGGCUAGCUAAUUAUUGCUGGGCUAGCUAAUUAUUGCUGGGCUAGCUAAUUAUUGCUGGGCUUUCCUUGAGCUUUUCAAAGUUUCAAAAUAAGUACAAGAAAAAAGAUUACGAAGUUCUUAAAGUCUUGAAAGUGGCACUGGAAUUUUACAUAUUUUUAAAUGUCAAACAUUUUUGAAAUUGGGAGUGGUUGGGUACACAAUUAAAGAACUUGGGUAAAUAUCUAAUGUUUGAGCUGCAAUGAUUAAAAUACCAAUGUCCUGCAAACAUUAAAAUUUGUCAAUCCAAGAAAAAUAACCGACUCGUUAACUAUUUGUAAGAUAAUGGCAUGGAUAAUGUACUUUUCAUUUUCUGUAACCAUGAUAAUUUCAGUGAUUAUCAGCUAGGAUUCAUUAAGGAUUUUUCAGUGGUGGGGCAAAACUGCCAAAAAUCCUCCCCCAGGAUAGUAUGCGGUCGCCGUAGGUGUGAGCUGAGUACCGCAGGCACGAGGUAGCUUGGGGGAUUUGUGGGCAUGCCCCCCAGGAAAUUUUUAAAAUUUGGGUCUCUGAAAUAGCAUUUCCUGCAUUCUGAAAACACAUUUAAAAAAAUCUCAGCUUCUCAAAACACAGCGGCCCAAUCUCGCAAGGGUCAGUAUAGUAAUGUAUAUUACAUAUUUUUACAAUAAUAUACAUUUCGGCUGACUAUGCUCAAAACAAAGUUUUAAUGGUAAAAUUUGUAAUACAUAAUAGUUUUUAAUCAGUGUCACUCAAUGAUUUUAGUUUCUUUCCUCCCUAUCCAACUGGGAUUAGAUAAUUUGCUGACUACCUGACGACUGGGGGAAGAUAUACUCAGGGCCGUAGCUAAGCAUGCAUAGUUGGGGGGGUGUAGGCCAAAAAUGUCCGAAUGACGAAAACAAUUUCCGAAUAUUUCAUGGUAUACAAAGCCACGAAGGUGUUUGCUAUCCAGAAAAUGAAAAUGAAAACGCAAUUUACAAACAAAAAUACUCAUAUUUUACGCACAGACAUUACAGAAGCGUGCAGUUCCGUACAGAAGCGUGCAGUUCCGUAGGAAGUUCUUUUUUAUAGGGGGUGGCUAGGGCCGAAGGCCCGAGGAAAUUUUUAAAUUUAGAGUCUCUGAAAUGCCAUUUUGUGGACUUUGGGGGAAGUUUUGACAUAAUUCUGAUGGUCAGAAAACAGAGUUUUAGCACGUCGAAAUUUACAAUUAAUUUGCCUUACAAUUUAGAAGAACUAAAUGGGCGAAGGCGUAUAUGGGUAAUACGAUUCUUUGCGGUUUUUCAUGGGUAAUGUAGCCGAUUAAAAUUAAUCAAUUGUCAGUAUUUUAAAGAUAUAUUGAGGAAUGCCCCCUGUUGCUACGGGCCUCUGAAGUAAUAAACCGAAACACAUUUACCGAUCUACGAUUUGUUAAAUGUUAUCCAUGUAAAUGCCGUGAUUUUGUAAAUCAGUUUAUGAUGCUGACAAUACAUGCAAUUUUAUAGUAUUUUCUCUGUUUAAACAACUAAAAUUUUGUUAUACUAUUACUGGCGUAAUUUUCCGAAUGACCAACCUGAUUUUCCGAAUAUGUUAAUUCUAAAAAAGUUGGGGGGUUAACCCCCCCCCCCAAUACCCCCCUUCGCUACGGCCCUGGAUAUACUGUAGAUGAGAUAUACAACAAUACAAAAUGUAUUAAAAUAUAUUAAAUAAAUUUUUAUGUAAUAUUAAAUAUAUUAUUGCAUAAUAUUUGUUUUAUAUCAAAUCCUCUGGUUCCGACCCCCACUCCCAUCCACCACCCACCCGUUUAGCACCACUCUUGACUGUUCUGACUUUUAUAAGAUGGAAUGUCGAGAAUGUGAGAGGAUAUGAGAAAGCAUGCAGAUGCAGCUUUCAGCAAUAAGGUUGACUUUUUACUAAUGAUCAAAAGGGCCCAGUUCAUCUGACAAUCUUGUUUCACUACUGGGGCAAACAAAGGGCCUACUGGGGUAAAUGCCCCAGUAGUUAUAUAGUUAAAAAAUGCCCUGGCUAGGGUUUGAGAUUUGCAGUAUCCUAUGAAUCAUGUGGUUAUACUCCUGUAGUAUUCAAAAAAUUUAGUGCCCGAUAUGUACAGUAUCUUGUCUGGAAUUAGAUACUGUAGAUAUAUAUUUAUUACAUCAAUGUGCAUAAAAAAAGGGCCAUAGUAAGUAGUUUGUAGGUUUGGAUCCAGAAAUUAGUUUACGUCAUCAUAUUAGUGUCACUGUUCUGUCAAUUAGUAAUGGCAUUCCUGUCAUAUGUAAUUAUGUGAAAUUACUUUAGUCAAAUUAGCGACAUUUUAUUAUUAGUUAGUUAUAAUGUAGAGUAUUAGUCACACGACCAUAUCAGCUACCGUAUGCUGUAAUAUUAUCAUCAUGUUUAACCCUCCAAGUGGCAAUGUGUCCAGAUGCACCCUACUUUAUUAUUUUACUCUGUCUAAUGCCAGGCGAUUUUACUUGUCAGGGAGAGAGUGCUGCCACUCAAUGGGUUAAAUAAUUAAAUGCUAUUAUUAUUAUUAUUUAUUGUUAUCCUCAUUAUACCUGAGUUUUGACAAUUAUCCAAUUUGGAUUACCCAAGAGGGUCUUGCCUAACUAAGCCUUUUUCAUUUCAAGACAUUAUUCAAGACAAGUACAAAAAUUUGGACAUUGUAGUCAAUGUUGUCGUUAGCAUCAAACUCUAUCAGGAAACAUUUAGUGAACAUUUCAAUUUUGAGUUCAUGGCGACUAAAUAUUAUACUCACUCUGGUACACCAAAGCAAUUGUUUUAUUUUGAAAACUUGAACACCUGAUUUCUAGUUUGGAUACCGUACCCGGUUAAGAAAUGUUAUUAUCCACAAUGGAUUCCAGGGGGGGAAAAUCCAAUCUGAAACCCUGAUUAUUAUGAAGUAAACUCCAUAUCCUCUGAUGAUGACUUGCAAUAAAGUGGAAUGUUUACAAUUUCAAUUGUCGAAUUUACAGUCUACUAGAGAGGACGGAUCUGUCAGGACAUACUGUACUUAGCCACUUAGGGGAGGGGGACGGAGCUGGCCAAUGGAUGGAAGGUGUUAACCCAUUGAAUUGAGCAAGGCUAUUCUGCCGUAGUAAUUAACUCCAGGGUUGCAUAACAAUUAACAAUAGUUCUGGUUUUGCAUGCCCUCUGAAAACCCUGGACUUUCAUUUUACUCCCGGAAACUCGUUGCAAAGUCUUGUAAUUUCAAAGUGAUUCAUGAAAAAUGAAAAACCCUGGAAAACUUUACUUAUAAUACCUGUAUGCAGACUUGAUAAUUAUUGAAAUAAAGGUUAUCAGCUUAAUUAUUACCAAAAUUACUUUUGCUGUACCGUAUUUCAAAUUCCCCUGGAAAAUGAAAAAAAAGUUGUUGAAUGUCCCGGAAUUCCCACCUACAAAUCCCUUCAACAAUUAGGUAUAUCGAAUCAGAUGCCCCAAAUCCUGAUAUCUUCCCAUACAUGGCACACCAUACUGUACCUUGGCAUCACCUUAAUAGUAUUUAUACAUGAACUUGUGGUUUGAGCUCGACAACUGUCUCUCUGUAGCUCAGUUGGUUUGAGCGCUGCACCAGAAUUGCAGGGCGGAAGGUUUGAUUACUGCCACAGGGCCAAUAGUUGCAUUUUUCACAACUGUUCCUUGGUUACUGUACAUAGUAGGUCAAAUAAAUGUACAAGGGCUCUCCCCUUCAUGAGUAAGAUCCCCUAGUGUUAGACAUAGUAAAAUAAUAAAAGUUCUGUGGCAGCUGGGCCACAUUAGGUGCAACAUAACUUAAUGGGUUGGGAUAACAAACGCCAUUAAUUGAUCUUCUUUCUUCAGCCUCUUUCGUUUGUUCACUGUUCGUUUUUUCUUUGUCGUUGUCUUGUCUUGUUUCGUUUGAGCUUUCUAUAACUUUUCAUACAUAAUUUUUACUUCGUUGAGUCCACUGCCGAAUUUGGGUUGUGCACGCCCUUUUAUACUAACGGUUGAGGGAUCUUUGUCCACGUGAUGUAGCAAGUGGUGUAGUGCUGUGCAAACUCCGGUUUUUCAUCUCCGGCUCCGGCUCCGGCCGAAUUACAGCUCUGAGCUCCGGCUCCGGCCACAUCAUAAAAUAUUAAAUAAAUAUUUUACGAUCAGAGAACAUUUAUUAAUAUUAUUAUGAAUAACCCUUUUCGCGCUUCCUAAUUAUCAGAUAACAUAAUUCAGGAAACAAAACAGUGAAAAUACUUAAGACUUAACCACGCAGAAAAUAUCUAUAUGGAAACCAGCCUCGAAAAAUCUUUGACACGAGGCAUGACGCGAGGCAUGACGCUAACACUCUCAGACUCCACAGCGCAAUUGUUCGCACGCAAACAAAGUACUCUGCCAUUUUCAAAAGGUAGAUAUUUAUUUGUUUUGUACUUUUUCGUUAUCUACAAGGCAUGAAUGCACAGACUACAGUAUGUAGCGCUAAGUCAGAUGGCUUCAUGAAAGCAUGACGUUUGUAAGUUGCGAUCGUAUUACAGCUUUUCGACGCUGUUCCUGUGGGCUGUGGCAGUUUGAGUCUAUGAUGAAUUCAUUAACAGCAAUUGGCAGUUUGCAGUAACUAAUAAUCGUUUGAUUUGAAUUUGUCUCAUUUCAUAUUGUUUUCUUGUCAUUUUGCCGGAGCCGGGAAUACGUAACUCCGGCUCCGGGCUCCGGCAUACAAAAUUCGGCUCCGGCGUCGGAAAAACCGCCGGAGCUCCGGCAGAACUCCGGCUCCGGCAACUCCGGCGCACAGCACUAAAGUGGUGUGAUUUGUAUCCAGCCAAUCAACGUUGAGGUUUAAAAGUGUGGGUUGGCGUUGGUAGCUCGUUCCAGCCCUCAAAUUCUGUUUAUUUAUGGCGUUGUCGCAUUGGUCGAGUUGGUUCGCUGUUCAAUCGAUCAAUAUUAAAAUAUGUUCACAACUUAAAAUACUUAUCAAAAUAUCAUUGUAAAAUCUUCAAACUAUACCUAUGUGAACCUUACUUUACCUACUAAACUAAAUUUACUUACAAUUUUAUUGAACCAAGAUUUUGAUGACGUAAUAAUAAUAUAUAAUAAUAAUAAUAAUGACAUUACUCAACCGCGCGAAAUAUACCGAAGAAUGAUUGACAGAAAGGCCCUAAGCAUGCACAUUUUCAUGUCAGAGAAGAACCAGCCUUGGACUUUGAAUUAUGUAAACACAACAGCCCACCAUGCAAGGUUAUCGUCCACCUUUGACAAAUUGACAAAUUAUUUAUCUUGCCUAAUGGACAGAUAAUUGACACUUUUACACAAGUCCGAAAUGAUAUAUACUUUAUCUGCGUUUUACAGCAAAAAUGCUCAUUAUCUCUCCAUUUGACGUAACUACUGUAGUAUCUAUAAUUACCUGGGGUGCAAACUGAACUAUUUUUAUACUAUUUAGAUAUACUUUCGUAACAAUAUAUGUAUAAGUGUUUCUACCUCCAAUAGUCUCUUGUGAGUUUUUCAGUGUGACAGGAUAUCGGCUAUGGAUAAUUUCCUAUUCGUAUAGGAUCCUAUAGGAAUUCCUGUUGGUACAACAGGUAUAAGAAUUUGGGCCAAAUUCUAAUAAGAAGUAAUUCUGUAGUAUUGUCAUCAUAAUGCCAAACUAAUUGAGAUAUUGUGUUUCUCAUUUCCUGUAACCAUGGUCAGCUGUUAUAAUGAAAGAAACGCCAUAUCCUUUGACGAUGAAUUACAAUAAGGAAUGCCAUAUCCUUUGACGAUGAAUUACAAUAAGGAAUGUCAUAUCCUUUGACGAUGAAUUACAAUAAAGUGGAAUGUUUACAAUUUGGUUUACAGUUUACUAGAGAGGGCAGACAUGUCAGGACAUACUGUAAUUAACAACGUACAACAUGCAAAGAAAAUCAUGCGUGCAGAUAGGAGCGAAAAUCCAGUCCAAACCGCAGUGGGGGGCGGGCAACAGGGCUUGGUAACGGAUGUAAUAUAUUAACCUAUUGAGCGCUCUCCUCUUCACCAGUAAAAUCGGCUUGGGUUAGAAAGAGUAAAAUAGUAAAGUAGGGCGUAUUGAGGUACAAUGCAACUGCACAUAAUUGGUUAAUGAUCGGGUUUUAGUUGAUGGAAUUGUAGAAUUAUUAAAUAAUAAUAAUUAAUAAUAAUUAAUAAUAGUAUACUAAUUAAUAAUUAGUAAUGAAUUAAUUAUUAAUUGUUAGUUAAUUGUAGAAUUCAGUUAGAUACAGUAUUUUGUGGAUGGAAUUGUAGAAUUCAGUCAGUUGCCUAGGCUACCUAAGCCAGCCCUUCAGGUAUCCGUUUGAAGUCCUGGAUAAUAAUAAUUUGGGUAUGGCCAAUACUGUUUUGCUCUACUGAUGCCCCGGCUAUUAAUUGAUGAGCGUAGCGAGUAUGCAAAGAAUGGGAGGUCGAAGCUUCAAGGGCGCUGUGAGUUGAGUGGUGGGCAAAGGGAAGCUUUAUGUAUUUGGUAUAUUAUCUGAGUGCAAGACUGGGCUAAAAAUUUCAGCUUGUCAUGACUGCAAGUACCGGCGAAUUACACACAACCUCUGGCGAAUGGCUGUCACAUGUCUUCUUAGCGCUGGCGAAAUUCGCCUUUCGCCGGCCUAAACCAAGACGGGUGCCUAAGCCAAGUGCUGAAUGAGGCAAGAGGACAACCAAUGGGCAACAAAUGAUUGGGCAUCACUUCCAAGUGCCCUGAAGAAACGAUGCCUCAAAAUAUUUUUAAGAGAGAACUCAACAUGUUUUUAAUUAGUCAAUACUGUUUUGUAGCUACCCUUCCGGCCACUGCCUGUUAACUGGGCCUUGUCUGUUCGCUAAAUUCGAACCUGGCAAUUGACCGAUUCAAAAACCAGCCACCACAAUUUUGCAUUAUUUUAUAUUUUAUGCAUUACCAGGCUAGUAAACUAUUUUUCAGCAGAGACUGUUAUUUAAGGCAAUGUGCAAGAUAAGAUUGAAAACAAUCCAUGGCAGCGAAAUUAUAGCCUUUUGAAAUGUGGAAAACCACCAAAACGAGUCUAGUCUGUCAGUCUUCUUUGCUAAAUCUAGCAGAAACUCUGGUAUUCUUAAGAUUUAAUUUCUCAAAGACAACUUAGAUGGUAUUAUAUUUAUAUUUUGUAAACUAUUCUUACAUGGCGUCAGAAUUAAUUUAGGGGGGAAAAGAAUGGCAUUGCCAUUUUUCGGUCCAUUGCCUUAUUCCUUUAUGGUGUAGUAUAGCAACUUGGUCUUGUUUCUUUGCUAAUUUGAAACAUGGCGAUACAGCUUAGCAAGUGGACCCUCUUCCUGGGGUAAUUUUAAUUUGAGGCAUAGCUUAGCAACUGUUUCUUGUUCCUGUGCCAAUUUUUAAGACUCCUUUGAAUCAUGGAGUCAUAGCUUAGCAACCGCGUCUUGUCUCUUUGCUAAUUUCGAACACGGCAAUGGUCUUAUCCCUUUGCCAUUUUUGAACUUUGGAGAGAUAGCUUAGCAGCUGGAUCUGCUUCCUCCAGAUUAUGGGAGAGGGCAUAGCUUAGCAGCUGGAUCUGCAGGUCCAUUUGCUAAUUUCAAAUUGUGAUGGCUUCGCAUAGUUUUGCAACUGGAUCUUGUCCCUACGGCAAUUUUGAAUUUUUGGAAGCAUAACUUCGAAUAGAAUUUUCAGAGAGGAAAAUAAAAAAUCUUUCAUAUGCACUUUAAACCAGGUUACAUAGUAACCAAGGUCAGUAUCAUAGGAGCCGCUCACAGUCUGGAGAUAUAGAGGACUGGUGCAGGCUUUUGUGUCAUUAGCUACCUUGUAGCCGUCUGGGCUUGUACACUGCUUAAAGAAUAACGUAAGCCAAAGCCAAAGUUUUUCUUCUGUGAUAAUUAUCAAAUUUUGGUUUUCUAAUAACCGUCUAACACUUUGUUCGGUGCGAUAAGGUCCUUGACCAUUCGCAAUCUCGUUCCCCGAGCCUGCGAUCCUCGGGAAGGAAUCGAAGGCUCUGGGAUAAUCCGUUUCAGGGAGGAAUCUGAUUGGCCAUUGAUAUGGAAUGCGUAGUUCAAUCUUAGCCAUGAUUCUUGGCUUCCGGUAACGGAUUAUCCCAGAGCCUUCGAUUCCUUCCCGAGGAUCGCAGGCUCGGGGAACGAGAUUGGACCAUUCGCUGACGACGUCUGCACCUAACCAUCCACAUUUGUAUGAGUAUGAUGAGAACAGAUAUGUACAGUACUAUACCUAUUGCACUUCAAAUGUUGAGUUUUUCAUUUGAUCUAGUCUGUUUCUUUCUUCCCUGCCCUUGCGCCUUUUGAGGUAGCCAUGCAUAGCCGUUGUCUGCACGAGACGGCGAGGAGUGUGCCCAAAUUUCGUGUUAUGAACUCAUAACUUGAUUCGCGAUAUGAUCCGUGGGGAAAGUAACUGAAUUUAGGUGGGAGAAAUAGUACGAAUACUGUUUACGACCUUCAUAAGGCACUGGACGCCGAAUGACCGAAGUUACCAAAUAUCUUGACGUCUAAAUACUGCUAUGCUGUUUCCUAAAUACUACGCGGUAUUUUUAUACUGUAUAUAGUUAAUAAAUAAAAAUAGUUAAAUGCAAAUAUUGAAAAUGCAGAAUAGGCAGUAACUGAAAUCAGGCCAUUUAUCAUGCUUUGCAGGCAGCGAUUGAAGCAAGUUUCAUACGACCUGCUGUAUACUUUAUUCUCAGAUAUUGAAAAGAAAAACAACGUUGCGUUAUACUUUAUAAUUCACUGUUUACUGUUGAAUCCGUAAAAUUUCAACGUGCAUAAUAGGCAAAUUACGAAGGAAUAUUUUGUUACUAGUUUUGAUGUCUUUAAUAUCUUGAAGAGUACAAUGCUAGAAAGAUCAUUAACCAUAAUCUCGGGUAAAAUAUAUCAUUAGUGAGCUUAAGUAUAUAGGACGGCAACGCUAUACCACAGCUGUAAACGAACUCGUUAAACUAAAUGAUUGUAUAUAAGGAAAACCUCUCGUCUAUUACCUAUCGUAAAGAAUUAAUACCGUUUAAGGAUCGAAGUUAAGACAAGCGGAUUUAUGGUUGAGAAGAGUUCUAGGAUUCAAUUUGAAAUAAUCGUAGUCCCACCUUGAAUUGUAGCCCUUGUAUACAAGAUCUAUGUGAUUUAAUACUUUUAUGAGAUUUUAAUUAAUUUUGUUUCAUGCAAUAUUAGGGUUAUCGUAAUUUAUACUUACGGCUUUCGUCGUUUGAAGUGUAAAUUCUUGCGUGUCACAUCCAUGUUUCUUGCGUGUCACAUCCCUGUACUUGCGUGUCACAUCCCUCUAUCUCAUGUUACUGUGGUAUACUGUAUUUUAAAAGGAGGCACCUUUGGUCCUAUUGCAUAACUUUUCGGUAAUCCAAUAUUCGACUGUAGAAAUUUGGGCGAAUUUCUUGUUAUGUUUGACUAUAAUAUAACCUGCUAGGUAUAGGACACCAUGAAGUGGCGAAUUGAGUGCAUCAAUUGCAUUGUGCGAGGAUGCUCCCAGAGUAGUGCUACUUCGUUUUAAAAUUAUUACACUUAAUUUCCUAUACAAGAGAGGAUUUACUUGCCAGAAGUUACAAUCUUUUCAAAAAACUAUUGGACUUAUGUUUAUGUAAUUUUACACAAUUUGAAAGGCAUAUAGCGCCCCCAGUUCAAAGUUGGGCCCACAAAGAUCUGAUGUCUGGUUGCAAGACGCCAAUAUUGAUACGGAUGCAUGGGGGAGGGAGGGUGGAAUAAAUGUAUCAAGAAAUGGUACAUAUAAUUCAUCUGAGUGCAUGUAUAAACUAGAUUGCCCCAAUGGAGAUCCGAUUGUCAAAGAUUGUAGAGCAAAGGGACAAGAUACAUAUUAAAAGUUAUUGGAUAUAGGCUGCAUAUUAAACAUAAUGGGGCAUUGCUACGGAGUGGGAGAUGGUGGGUCAAUGUCCCAACUACCAAACAGUACAAGGAGCGUGUUUAGCUCGACAUUCAUUGGUAUAAAAUAGGUAAUUGGACAGGUACUGGUGUAAGACAUUGUGUAUGGAAUAACGGUUAGUACUUCAACAUUUACAGGAAAUUAUUUGAAGUACAUUAAUCAUUUUUUUCUGACACCCGUUGGAUAUCAUCUUCAACUUUAGUACUCGUUGAGAUAUCUAAUUUAUAUGUACAUGAUUAUGUUUGGAGUCAUGCUUUGACAAGUAAUAAUGAAUUUUAGUAUAAUUACAUAGGUGAUUAUUGAAAAUUCUCCACGCUGAUUGGUUGCCGUUGAGGUGAUUAUUACGCGAUAAUCACCUAAGCGAUUUUCAAAAUGGCGGCCAAAGCCUUUUUGUCAAUUAAAUGACGAAGAAAUGUGUAAUUUCUUAUUUUUUUCCCAAAUAAUCACCUGUGAAAUUAUACUAAAACAAUUAUUCACCUCAGGCUCGGUGAUUAUCGUGAAUAAAAACCUCGACUUCGUCUCGGUUUUUAUUCACCGAUAAUCACCUCGCCUUCGGCGAAUAAUUGUUAAAUAUUCAUGAAGUGGCCACCUGCCUCAUCAGAAAAAACACUGAUGUCAUGAGAAACUAAUAUCUGAAAAUAGUAGUGACUUUACGUACGGCCGUACGCAGGAUUUUCCUGUAGGGUAUGGGUGGGGGGGCAGUAGGACCUAUAACUGAUAUAAGAACCCAAAUAACCAAAGGAUAACUAAUUAUAACAUUAUAAAAAUUGUAAGUUGAACAUUUCUGGGGGGAGGAGACAAUGGCAGCUGCUCUCCGUUCCUGACUUUAUGGUGCAUUAAUUUUGAAUAUAAUAUGUGAUAGAUUAAUAUGUGAUAAACAGACUUUUUACAGAGUCGAGAAAAUGAAAAAAAAACCCUGAGCAUUUCAGUUUCACUUAAGACUUUAUCCUGUGAUCUGUAUUUCCUUACCCGAAGAGCGCUAGCAACAGUUAAAAAUUUGCAGGCAAGAUCAUUUUUGUAGUCCUCAAAUUUAUUUGCUGUACUGUAUAAUUCGAUGUGUAGAAUAAUGCAGUCGUAUAUAGUUGGCAAAUAUGCAUGGCUGUUUAUCGAUUAAAUCUAAAAUACUUGUAAUAGUGUAUUAUUCGAACGGAAACCUGAGAAAUAAAUUGUUUCGUGAGGGGAAAAAUUGAAAAUUAUGUAGAUCAACAAAGUUACCACAUAGUGUGUCUGUUUUCACUAUUGGGCUUGAACCCCAAUAAUGAAAUAAAAGUAGUAUUUAAUUCUAAAGUACGCUAUUUUCAUCGGUUUAUUUUGGCACGGGCUGUAGUUAGCCUUAACUGCCAUCUGUUAUUGCCGAGUCACAUUUUUCUGCAGCGGUUAUUAUUUGCACCAGUUAUUUGCAGGGAAAUUAACCAUUCAAAGUUGAGAAAAUUAAUAUGUGAAUACUAACAAUAUUAUCUAUUUGCCUAUUAGAGGGGUUUGACGACAGUGAUCGCUGCCAUUAACGGCCCAUUAACCAAUCAGACGCGUUUGAAAUUUGCGAUUAACCAAUCAGAUGCGUGUACUGAGCUAGUGAGAGGUAGCGGUUUCCGAAUCUGGACCUCUUUAUUCUCACUUUGCACGACCACGACCUACUGUGAGUAUUUUUACUUUUAGAGUAUCACCAAGGAUCAAAGCUCGCUGUCUCGAGAGAAUGCAUCAGUCAUGCACAACAGCAGCUUGGAAGGUGUGGAAGACAUGGCACAUUUGGAAGAUCUUCACGAAGCUGGAAUACUACAUAAUCUCCAUGUCAGAUAUAAAAAGGAUGAGAUAUAC